AUGAAGUACUCUUGUACCGUUGUCCGUGGCAGUUAUUUUAGCAACUUUGGGUGGAGCGAUCACGUGUGCAAUCCUCUUCCGCCCGAUCAACAAGAUGGCCAGCAAUUUGAUGAUACCCUAUGCUCUGUGGCUCAGUUAUGCAAGUGCUGUGAACAUUUCAACAGCCCUCAACAAUUAAGUCAACCGACUGCUGUGUCAUUUCAGUGA